AUGGCUGAACAAAUCCCCAAGACUCAAAAGGCUAUGGUCUUUGAAGAAAAUGGUGGUCCCAUUGAAUAUCGUGACAUUCCUGUUCCUAAACCAGCCUCGGAUCAAAUCUUAGUCCACGUUUUAUAUUCGGGUGUUUGCCAUACCGAUCUCCAUGCUUGGAAAGGUGAUUGGCCUCUAGCCACCAAAAAGCCACUGGUUGGUGGACACGAGGGUGCUGGUGUUGUUGUCGCUCUUGGUGAGAAUGUGACUAAUUUCAAGGUUGGCGAUUAUGCUGGUAUCAAGUGGUUGAACGCAUCUUGUUUGGGCUGUGAGUUCUGUCUUAAGGGCAACGAAUCAAACUGUGCUGAAGCUGUUCUGUCUGGAUAUACUCACGAUGGCUCUUUCCAACAAUAUGCCACUGCUAAUGCCAUUCAUGCUGCCAAGAUCGACAAGAGUGCUAAUCUGGCUGCCGUUGCUCCUAUUCUCUGUGCUGGUAUUACCGUUUACAAGGCCUUGAAGGUCUCGGAAGCCAGCCCUGGUGAAUGGGUUGCUAUCACUGGUGCCGGUGGUGGUUUGGGAACUUUGGCCAUUCAAUAUGCCAGAGCAAUGGGUUUUAGAGUAGUUGCCAUUGACAGUGGUGAUGCCAAGGAAAAAAUCUGUAAGGAUUUGGGUGCUGAAGUUUUUGUUGAUUUUAAGAGCUCAGAUCUCAGCAAGCAGAUUGUUGAGGCUACUUCCGGUGGUCCGCAUGCCGUUAUUCACGUUGCUGUUGCUGAAGUCGCCAUCACUCUGUCCACUGAAUACGUCCGUCCCGCUGGUACGAUUGUUCUGGUCGGUCUCCCUGGUGGAGCUUAUGUCAAGUCCGAGGUCUUCACCCACGUUGUUAAGACCAUUAACAUCAAGGGUUCUUAUGUCGGUAACCGUGCUGACACCGCUGAAGCCUUGGAUUUCUUCACCCGUGGCUUAGUCAAGUCUCCAUAUCAGAUUGUCGGUCUAUCUGAGCUCAAUGACGUUUUCAAGAAGAUGGCUGCUGGUGAAGUUGUCGGUCGUUACGUUCUUGAUACCUCUAAAUGA